AUGUCGAAUUCUGAACAGGUUAAACACACGAUCGAAACUCGUCCAACGAAACCAUUUACCGAUCAAAAACCUGGUACAAGUGGUUUGAGAAAACCAACGAAAACAUUCAUAGAAAAUCAAUAUUUCGAAAACUUCAUUCAAGCCUAUUUCGAUGAUUUAAACGAAACAAACAAAGAUAAACAAGCAACAUUAGUCGUUGGUGGUGAUGGAAGACAUUUCGUUCGUGAAGGAACAAGAAUUAUCAUUCAAAUGGCUGCAGCGAAUAAUGUUAAAAAAUUAUUCGUCGCUCGUGAUGGAUUGAUGUCAACACCAUCAGUUUCGUGUGUUAUUCGAAAACGUAAUACUGACGGUGGAAUUGUCUUAACAGCAAGUCAUAAUCCCGGUGGAAUUGAUAAUGAUUUCGGUGUAAAAUUCAAUAUUUCAAACGGAGGUCCUGCCCCGGAAGCAGUAACUAAUAGUGUUUAUGAUAAAACACGUCAAUUGACAAAUAUUCGUCUUUGUCCAACAUUGGUUAAUAUCGAUUUAUUAACACUUGGUAAACAUACGUAUGAAAUUGAAGGUCGUUCAACACCAUUUGAAAUUGAAAUUAUCGACUCGGUCGAUGAUUAUGUUCAAUUAAUGAAAUCGAUAUUCGACUUUGAUAAAAUUCAUAAUUUACUCGUUGGAGAUAAAGGAAAAUUUCCGAUAAUGAUCAAUGCUUUGUCUGGUGUGAUGGGUCCGUAUGUUUUACGAAUCUUUCAUGAGGAAUUGAAAGCAAAAGAUGCAGUGACAGUAAAAAAUUGUAAAAAUCUCGAAGAUUUUGGUGGACAUCAUCCUGAUCCAAAUUUAACUUAUGCACACGAAUUAGUCGAAGAUAUGAAACAUGGAGAUUUCGAAUUUGGUGCUGCUUUUGAUGGCGAUGGAGAUCGUAAUAUGAUUUUGGGUAAAAGCGGAUUUUUUGUUACGCCUUGCGAUUCUUUGGCUGUUCUUGCUGCCAAUCUGGAUUGUAUUCCAUAUUUCAAAAAACAUGGUGUUCAUGGAUAUGCUCGAAGUAUGCCAACAUCAGGUGCUGUUGAUCGUGUUGCUGCGAAAAAUCAAAAGUCACUCUAUGAAGUUCCAACUGGAUGGAAAUUCUUUGGAAAUCUAAUGGAUUCGAAAUUAAUUUCAAUCUGUGGUGAAGAAUCAUUCGGAACUGGAUCCGAUCAUAUUCGAGAAAAAGAUGGUAUGUGGGCUGUACUUUCAUGGUUAUCUGUUUUGGCCAAUGUUGAUCGAUCGGUUGAGAAGAUUCUUCAUGCACAUUGGACGACAUUCGGAAGAAACUUUUUCACACGUUAUGAUUACGAAGAAAUCGAUGGUCCAGGACCAUUCGCAAUGUUGAAACGUUUGGAAGGCAUGUGUAUGGCAAAUGAAUUAUUAAACAAAACAUUUGUCACACCUUAUGGAAAUAAAGAAUAUACUGUAACUUUAAUGGAUGAUUUUCAUUAUACGGAUCCAGUUGAUGGAAGUUACACAGAAAAACAAGGAAUACGAAUUGUUUUUACUGAUGGCUCGAGACUUGUAUUCCGUCUGAGUGGAACGGGCGCACGUGGUGCAACUGUUCGUCUUUAUGCUGAUUCAUAUGAAAAUGAUCCUUCAACUUAUACCAAAGAUGCCCAAGAAAUGCUUCGCCCAUUGGUUUCAUUAGCGUUAGAAAUUGCUCAAUUGAAAGAUUUCACCGGACGCGACAAACCCACUGUGAUCACAUAA